AUGGCACUUCUAUAUAAUGAAGGAUGUGAAAAUUCUGAAAAAGACAUUACCGAAUGUAAUGUGACUGCAUGUGUUUUACAUGGAAGUAAAUUUAAAUCGGUUAAGUGUGACCCUGCAUUUAAAGAAGUUAUAAAAUAUUCGCAAAAAAAUUCUGGAGAUGAUAUUAAGAAAAAUAUUUUUGUAUUUGAAGAUACUCCUCCACCUUAUAAAAACGACGCCAAAAUAACUUUUCUUUCACAAGAUAGCAAUAAUGAUAUUGUGUUUCUAUAUGAAGUGAAUUCAAAGGAAGGCUAUUCUUCAAGUUUAGUAUUUUUAUGUCGUUUUCGACAUUUAAAACCAGGAUUAUCAUUAUGCCAAGAAGUUAAUAAAGAUCAUGUAGGAAGACCUCUUUCAUUUAAUACUAUUGAUGUACUUGAUAGAGAAAAUGAAAAUUAUUUUCAAAAUAGAUUAAAAUAUUUAAAAAAUGAAAGACAUGCAACUCGUAAAGCAAGAUAUGAAGAAAUUUUUUUUAGUAAAGAUUCAUGCCACUAUGUAACAGAAGAAAAUUCAUCAGAACAAGUUUGUAGAUUUUCCAUAUGCAAGAAGUAUUCUAAUGGUGGUGCAUAUUGUAAAGAUGCUAAAUUUAAUGGGAGAUUAUGCCAACUAGAACCAUCUAAUGGGCCAAAAGAACCUACUAAAUUUAUAUAUCUUCCAAAUAGUUGUUUAAAUGAAAAUUCAGAUCAUUGUACCCCAUAUCUGUGUCAAUACGAGAGACCUAAUGAAUUAUAUCCAUGUAGUAAGUUAGAAAUUAGUUCGGUAAAAGGAUUAAUGCCACAUUCACAAAGACAAGCAUUGGAAUAUAGACAGAAUAGAUAUAUGUCUAAUGAGGAUAAUUAUUCAUCUAGUCUUAUUGCAAUGUCUUUUUUUCCUUUCUUAAUUUUGUUUUUUUUUGUAGGAUGUUAUCUAUAUAAAGUACUUAGAAGAAACAGAAAAAAAAAGAGAUAUGCUUCAUAUAAAGAACCAUAA